GUGAUAUCGUUUUAGCCCCAUUACGGUUUGUAUAAGAACAAAAGAAGUUUAGUGGAUGGAUGGUCCACCACUGUAUAUCAGGAUUUGAGAGACGCUCGCUGUUUUUCAUCUUUCUUUCUCUCAGAACGUCGUCUUUCCUUUCUCUCAGUUGAUCACACGCGUUGCACGCGAAUUCGGCCUCCACAUACACCACUCUCUUUCCUGUCGAUCCUUCCCAGUCCCGACGCAAUGACUUCAAAAUUGCUCGUGCUAUCGUCUCUCGCUCUGCUAACUAACGCGCAUAUGGCCGCGUUCCACAAGGCAAUGUAUUGCUUCAAUGGCACUGCGACCGGCCAGGUCAAUUAUAACAAUGAUGACCCAGUCAGCCCCCUGUGGAUGCUGUCGAAGAGUGACUAUUGGUUUCAUCAUUUCAACCAAUGUGAUGAAUUCCCCCCUGCGCCAGGAGACUUCCUUGAGCUACCCGCCGGAAGUUCCUUUACUGUCGAAGUAGCCGCGAACCGCGGUGUGACGUCCCUGUCCUUUAAUGGACAAUUCGCAACCGAGUGGGGUGAUGGCGGAAAUCAUCCUGAGGAUUACUCCAUCACAAAUUUGGCGGGCGCCCCUCUUUCUUCUAGUGAUUGCAUAGGCAAUCCAAACAUGCAUACACAGAACCAGUCUAUGGCUGCUGGGACUGCAUUCGCAAUCUCUUACCAGUCGGAUAUCAGCCAGGUUACGAUGGAUAACCUCGCCGUGUUUACCGUCCGCUAUAACACCCCUUGGAAACGUGUCACAAGCUACGAUGUUCCAAAAGACAUGCCUGCUUGUCCCGCAGAUGGUUGCACUUGUGCUUGGGUUUGGAUUCCGAAUGGGUGCGGCGAGCCUAACAUCUACAUGCAGGGAUUCAAGUGCAUGGUCACCAACGCUACCUCCACUACCCCUAUUGCCACUCCCAAGCCUCCCGUCUGGUGCGAGGAGGACCAGAGUACAUGUACUAAGGGCGCGAAGCAAAUCCUGAUCUGGAAUCAGGCUGAGGGAAAUAACAUCGCGGUUAAUGGCACUGACCUGAGCGGCAAUUCCAAGAGCCCGGCGUACAAUAGCAAAUGUGGAUUCCAGGAUGGCGCACAGAAUGAUAUCUUUGGUACAUCGUCCUCUGCCGCCGCGGUGCCUGCAGCAAUUGUUUCAUCACCCUCAUCGACUGUUUCAUCAUCCUCGUCAACUGCUUCAUCCUCGUCAGCCGUUUCAUCAUCCUCGUCAGCUGUUUCAUCCUCGUCAGCUGCUUCAUCCUCGUCAGCUGCUGCAUCACCCUCACCACCUUUAUCACUGUCACCACCUGCUUCAUCACCGUCACUACCUUGCUCAUCAGUCUUGCCACCUGCUUCAUCACUGUCACCACCUGCUUCGUCACCGUCACCACCUUGCUCAUCAGUCUUGCCACCUGCUUCAUCAGUCUUGCCAUCUGGUUCAUCAGUCUUGCCAUCUGGUUCAUCACUCUCACCACCUGCUUCAUCGCCCUCACUACCUGCUUCAUCGCCCUCACCACCUGCUUCAUUGCCCCUGACCUCUUCCGGCGCCGCAGCCUCUACGACCCUAGUUUCAUCGUGCAAGAUUUCUACUAGCACAGUGUUCAUCACAUCUACGGUUCAGCCACCCGCGGUUUCUUCCACCGCUAUAUCAAGUGUUCGUACGACCUCACAAUCGCCUAACAAUUUGGUGGCCACUGCUGCAUCAAGCACAUUGAGUGUAACCCCGACAAGUUCUGGUACCUGCCGCAAACGGAUGGCUCACAAGCCCGCCCGUCGUCGGUUUCUUUUCAAGUAGUUGAUCUACGCUGUUAUCCUGUCGAUCAGACAUCUCUUUGUUGAGCGGGCUCGACUAUCUUUUGUUAGCUUCUAUGUGAAUUGUGAGCUUCGCAUUCCAUCGAUUUCGUUCUUCUGUCAUCAUAUUCCAUGGUCGGUUAUUGUUUAACGUUUAUACCCCGCAUGUUGUUGUUACCAUGUUUGUCGUGACUCGUUAGCAUCUCGGCGUUGGCGCUCAUUGUAUGAGGCUCAAUAUAUCAUACUCUCCAUACAUCUACUAGAUACCAGAUACUAGAUACUGCAUGCUCAAUGCUCAUGUGCUAGUCUUCCCAUGCUGAAAGACAGUAAUUUUGUGUGAU